CAGUAUCUUCCGUUUGUUCCGGAUGCGGAUGGACGCAAACAUGGCGGCUGAGGGAGAUGUGGAUUUGGACCUGGAGGCUGAGGAGAACUGCACCGGGAAGCCAACAGAAAAACCACGCAAGCACGACAGCGGGGCUGCUGAUUUAGAAAGAGUCACCGAUUAUGCAGAAGAAAAAGAAAUCUCGAGUUCCGACUUGGAAACGGCCAUGUCCGUGAUUGGUGACAGGAGAUCAAGAGAACAGAAAGCAAAACAGGAAAGAGAAAAAGAAUUGGCCAAAGUGACAAUUAAGAAGGAGGAUGUAGAGCUCAUUAUGGCCGAGAUGGAGAUUCCACGUGUCGUGGCCGAGCGCAGUUUAAGGGAACACAUGGGGAACGUUGUGGAGGCUUUGAUUGCACUGACCAACUGAACUGUUAAGACCCAGCUGUGACUGGUAGCAUGGGCAUAGGAGUGCCUCCUACUCAGCAGUGCCUCCGCUUCACACCGCAUUCUCUUAUCUAUAAUAAAACAUCUCACCUGUUCUACACCACA